UUGCCAAUUUUGGAAGAUCUCCAUUCUAUAGAAGUAAGAAAUACACAAUGAACUCGCAAAAGAAAAUGAAGGAAGAUAUCAAUUGUGGAGAAAUUAAACUGAUCAUUGAAAGCGUAAAAGAUUUCAAAAAAAUCAGCUCUUCAGUUGGCACAGUUAUCAAUCUGCCAUGGAAACUUAUACUCGAAAAUCGGAUAAAUUGAAAAUCAAUUUAUCAUGUAAUGAAGAUUCGGCAAACACUUUGUGGAAUUGUCAAGCGGAUAUUGUUAUGCAACUAAGCUAUUUUGAUACGAAAUCUGAAGCUCGAAAGAAAUUGGAAACAAUUUUCGAGAAAAAAUUGUUUGAUUCCAAGAACAAGAAAUUUGAAGAGUCAAUGGAUCAAUGGGCUGAGAUUUUCAAUGAAAAACGUGAACUUGAGGGAACUAUUGAAGUGACAGCUAAUCUGAAAAUAACAAAAGUUCAAGGAUAUCGAAAAAGGAAAAUGUUUGAUUACUCAACGGAUCAUCAUCGUUAUUUCGAUGGAAUUCUUCUUGUUGAGAAUAAGAAAAUCCACGUCAAUAAGAAAAUUAUGUCAAUGAGUUCUACAUUCUUCGAGAAUAUUUUCUUUUGUAAUUUCAAGGAGAAGGAAGCGAAAUUUGUUGAAAUCCCAGGAGUAUCUUACGAUGAAUUCAUGAUAUUUCUUGACUUCAUUCAUCCCACCGGGCGACAAAUUGAAUCUGGAUUUUUGGAGAAUAUGAUGGUUCUAGCUGAUUUAUUCAUGACUGAUUGCGUUAUGAACUCUUGUGAAGAAUUUCUCAUCAAAACAGACAAAGUUGAUAUGGCAAAAAAGUUGAUAUUGGCUGAGAGAUUCUCGUUGUGUGAAUUGAUGGAUCACUGUCUCAAUAGCUUCAAAACGGUUCGAGAUUUCUUGCCGUUUGCAAAAUUAGAAUUCUAUUCUGAAAUCUCUGAUGACAUUAAAUCAGCCCUCAUGGAGCGUCUCGUUCAAAUCAAACGUCUUGGUCUUUCCUAAUUGUUCUAUUUCAAUAAAGCUUGAAGAAUCGUUCGAAA